GUGGUGCAGCUCCCGGGACCGUGCUCCAUCAGUGGGCCGAUCUCACCAGCAGGGGACGGAAGGUGUCCAGCGGAUCUCUCCGAGCAAGACUGGCGCUUCCGUCCUCCUGCAGUCGCUGGUUUCUCGGAGUCGCCUCAGUGCUGUCGUCUGUGUCUCGCCUGGUUAUGGCCAGCUCGGCUCAGCAGCAGCACAGUAUCUCGCUGUUCUUUGUCCAGGAGGAUCAGAAGGGGGGAGUUCAUUUCUCCAACUCGCUGCGGAGUGAACAGCCGCUGAAACUGCUGGUGGAGACGGAGGAAGGGGGAGCGGAACUGCGCGUGAUUGACGGAAAUGGUGUUUGUGUGUUCAAAUGUUCCAUAAACCGGGAGACGGAAAGCUGUCAGGUGGGAAAACAGGCCUUCCUCAUUACGGUGGGAUGCACCAGUGUGUUACUUCAGUUUAAUUUGUUGAAUGAGUUCCUUACCUUUUACAAUUCUUUAAAGACCUUUAGAAGGUCCAAUAAAGCUCCCUCAGCAUUCAGCCAAAGAACAGAAGAUGCUUCUGCAACGCAGUACUUCCAGUUUUAUGGCAGCCUAUCACAACAGCAGAACAUGAUGCAGGAUUAUAUAAGAACUGCCACUUAUCAAAGAGCAAUACUGCAGAAUCAUGUUGAUUUUAAGGAUAAGGUUGUUCUUGAUGUUGGCUGUGGCUCCGGAAUACUUUCAUUCUUUGCAGUUCAAGCAGGAGCAAGGAGGGUCUAUGCUGUGGAAGCCAGCACGAUGUCAAAGUAUGCAGAGAUUCUAGUGAAAAGUAACAAUCUUUCAGAACGGGUCAUGGUCCUGGAAGGGAAAAUUGAGGAAGUUGCUAUUCCCGAGAAAGUGGACAUCAUUAUUUCAGAACCGAUGGGAUAUUUGCUAUUUCAUGAAAGGAUGCUCGAAAGCUACCUCCACGCAAAAAAAUGGUUGAAGCCAAAUGGGAUGAUGUUUCCUACUUUUGGUGAUGUUCAUCUAGCUCCAUUUUCUGAUGAGCAGCUUUACAUGGAACACUACACGAGGGCAAAUUUCUGGUACCAGCAGUGUUUCCAUGGAAUUAAUCUGACUGGGCUUUCCAGUGCAGCAAUGGACGAGUACUUCAGGCAGCCAAUCGUAGAUACCUUUGAUGUAGUCAUUUUGAUGGCACGAUCUGUCAAAUACACUGUGAACUUUCUGGAAGCUAAAGAAAAUGAUUUGCAUAGAAUGGAGAUUCCCUUUGCCUUCCGAAUUUUGCAGUCUGGGCAGGUCCAUGGCUUGGCCUUUUGGUUUGAUGUGGCAUUUGUAGGUUCACAAAAAACAGUCUGGCUAUCAACUUCUCCUGCUGAACCUUUGACACAUUGGUACCAGGUGCGCUGUCUCCUACAGACCCCACUGUUUGCCAAAGAAGGCGAGACGUUCUCAGGGAAAGUCUUACUUGUGGCAAAUAAACGACAAAGUUAUGAUAUUCACAUUAUGGCAAUGGUAGAACAAACAGGGUUCAAAUCUGGGAACCUGCUAGACUUAAAGAAUCCUUUCUUCAGAAAUAGCCUGACCUGAAUAUUUCCAGCACUUUGUUUUUUUAGAUUUCCAGCAUCUGCAGUUUUUUUUUUGUUGUUGAAGAUAUUAAUGUAUAAAAUUAGACUAAAAUAUAUUGAAGGAUUAAAGGAAAUGUAUUGAAUCCAUUGAAGGAAUAUGGAAUUGGUAGAAAAAAGCUGUAACAGAUGGCAUUUAAUUGUGAGACGCAUGAAGUUAUCCACUUAAAAUAAAAGUCAAAGUCAAAUUGGAAUGUUUCUUUAAUGUUCAAAUAUAGAAACUGAGGAGCAAAGAGCUUUAAAUAUUUUGCUGAAUUGAAUUAGAUUUACCUCAUCAUCUAUACUUCCCACCCAUUUUCUUCAUCUGGCCAGAUGAGGAAAGCCCAACAUGCUGACCCUCCUAACCAAUCAAAUAAGAGUGAUCAGGGAGAGCCUGAUGCAUCAUGGGAAAUUCAACGGGAAAUAUCGCUUAAAAGUUUUUUUUUGCUUAAGCAUAGAUUAACACCAUAAGCUACUGCAGGUGAUGAACAAGAGUGAGAACACACUUGAGACUUUGUCAAACAAAUAAGAUUUCUUGAGCUGAACAGAAGCAAAGCAAACAUGUCAAACAUCAGUCAGAAAGAAUGCAAUUUCAAAUGAAAUGAGCACAUUCUUUUCCUUAGCUUGACUAACAAGUUGUGCUUGUGUAUAAGGUAGGAACUCAGAAAGGAUCGGCUUUGAUUAGUGAUAAAAGAGUUCGUGUAUAUGGUCUUUGCCUGAGAAGAGCUAAGUCUGAGUUAAUAUGUAGAGGCAUCUGAAUUGAAUGUGAUACAGACCUCGCAAAUUGAAAUAAUCCAGACAUAUUUGACACAAAAACAAACAUUUCCUUGAGUUCAAAUUCAAAACCAAAUAAUUCAAAAAUUGAUUCAACACCAAAACGUAAGUAAGUCAGAAAGGCAUUGAAACCCUGUACUGGAUUAGAUUUCUUGAUGAGAAUUCAAAAGGCUGCUUUAAAAAGGAGCAGUAACCAAAAUCUUUCUGAUCUUUUUUGUCCAUUUACACUCAAGUUAUAUCUGAAGAGUCAUGUAAUAUCCUUGAUUUUUAUCAACAUAAAAAUGCCAUAAUCAGUUUGGAGCAAAAAACUAAAAUCUCAAUAUGUGAAUAGUUUGUGUGUUGCUUUAAAAAUAAACAGGAGUCGGUGCUGUAUCUCAAUGCAUUCAUGUUACAUGACCUGAAAUUAUUAUAAAUACAUAAAGAGAAAAAUUAAGGGUAUUAAAGACUAAAACAAAUCUUAAAUAUAGAGGUGAAAAAUAUGACUCUGGAUCUGUUUGAUUUUGUGUCUGUCUGCAAAAUAGGGAAUCAGUACUGAAUAUUAAUAUUGAAGGGGAAGACUGAAAAGAUGGCAGAGUACAAAGAACUAUUUAAGCAAAUGUGAAAAGUAUUCCUUGGAAAUUUCAGUGCCUGUCUUAAGUGUAGGGGUUCUGCAGUAUAUGUUAGAUCCCUUGUAUUUUGUGAUGACUGUCACUAAUUUUAACUUAAAAAAAUUAUAGAUAACAAAUUUGGUCAUCAGAAUAAGUGAGGGAAAAAAAUUAAAAGUGAGCACUACAAGGAUUUAAGGAAAGCAGCAUCCAUCACCAAGGAUCCCCAGCAUCUAGGCCCUGCUCUCUUCUCAUUGCUGCCAUCGGGAAGGGGGUUUAGGAGUCAUAGGUCCCACACUACUAAGUUCAGGAACAGUUAUUACUCUUCAACCAUCAGGCUCCUGAACCAGAGGGGAUAACUUCACUCACACCAACACUAAACUGAUUCCACAACCUUUGGACUCACUUUCAAGGACUCUACCACAAAUGUUAUCAAUGGUGCUCCUGUAAAAAUUGGUUAAAAUAUGGGAGGUGGGGCAGAGCCUCACUCACCUCAUUCUUCUCAAGAAGUGGAGACACCGUUGAGCUUUCUUGACUAAAGAGAUGGUAUCAAGAGACCAGGUGAGAUUGUCCAUUAUGUGCAUUCCAAGAAACUUGGAUCUCCUAGGUUUCUCCACAGGGCAGCCAUUUAUGUGCAGUGAGAGGUGAUCAGCCUGCUUAUUCCUAAUGUCCACAAUCAUCUCUUUGGUCUUGUCCACAUUGAGAGGCAAGUUGUGCUCGUGCUAUUCUACCAGCCGCUCUACAUCUUCUCUCUAUGCCGUCUCAUCGUCGUUGCGGCAAAAUGUAGAAACCAGGUAAAUACUGCUUAGUCCUUAGAUGUAAAUGUUUGAGUUCUUUUUUUUUUUAAUUUUC